AUGAAGGACACGAAUGCGCCCAAGAGCCACCUGCUCUCGCACGAAGUGAAUGUCGAGCUCAAUAUGCUUCGUGCGACGAUGAUAAACGAGGUUGGCGGAGAGGUAGACUGCAGAGACAUUGUCACAGUAGACAAUGGUGGCCUUCGGAACAUCAAGAAGCAACUCCUGGAGAAGCUGCCGGAGCCACGAGCACUCGGCGACGGCAUUGGCCACAGCACGAUACUCAACCUCAGCACUGGAGCGGGAUACCGUGGGUUGUCGUUUAGACGACCACGAUAUGAGCGAGGGCCCCAGGUAGACGCAGUAGCCGGAAGUAGAGCUACGGGUGUCCGGACAGCCGGCCCAAUCGGCGUCACUGUAGGCAACAAGGUCGGUCGAUGGCGAGGCCGUCAACGUAAGACCCAGGGUCAUGGUGCCGCGGAUGUACCGAAGAAUCCGCUUCACCAGGUUCCAGUGAGUGUCGCGAGGGGCGUGCAUGUGGAGACACACCUGCUGGACGGCGUACUACAGGUCCAGCCGAGUGGGAAGUUUCCUUUUGAUGAUGCAUCCGUUGGUGCUGUCCUGUCUGUCAUUAAAAAUGUGGAGAGCUUCGGGGAUCAGUUGGUUGCUGAAAUUAGCCGAGUGCUGAAAGCUGGUGGAAUUGUGUUGGUACAGAGCUUCACACCCUCCUCUGAUCAGAAGCCAAGCAAUUAUAUCGAGCGCCAGCUACUCAUGGGCGGUUUUGGUGAAGUGGACGCUUCUGCAACAAGCUCACAGGAUAGCAUGCAGUCUGUUACUAUCAAGGCAAAGAAGCCAUCUUGGAGUAUAGGUUCUUCCUCCCCCCUGAGAAAAGCAAUAAAGGCUCUUCCAAAGAUUGAAAUCGAUGACGGCAAUGAACUGAUUGACGAAGACAGCCUCUUGACCGAGGAGGACUUGAAGAAACCACAGCUUCCAGUUGUCGGAGAUUGUGAAGUGGGAGCCACAAAGAAGGCAUGCAAGAAUUGCAGUUGUGGCAGAGCUGAGGCUGAGCAGAAGGUGGAGAAGCUGGGGCUGACUGCAGAACAGAUCGAUAACCCUGUGUCAGCUUGCGGCAGUUGUGGGUUGGGCGAUGCGUUCCGAUGCAGCACUUGCCCAAACAGAGGCCUGGCACCGUUUAAGUUGGGAGAGAAGAAAAGAAUCUACGUUUUUCAUGGUGAAGCAUGGACGACGGUGGUAACAGCAAAAGAAGAUAAGCGCGCUUGGAGUGUGGUAGCUCGUGUUAGCCUGUCGUGCCCUGCAGUCAGUUCCCAGGUUGAGGUAUAUCAGAUCAAUGUUAUUGAAUUCAAGCAGAGCCAAACCAGAACACAACUUUGCCACAUCCACAUCCUGAGAAACAACAUGAGUGUAGAAAUCCUUGAUGGCAAGACCGUCCAGAGCUUCGUCGAGGACGAAGGCGCCUUCCAUUCAUCCGUGGACGGCCGGUUUGCGGCCCUCGACACCAACCAUGAUGGCCUGCUGUCGUACUCCGAGAUGGCCCAGGAGCUCAUGAGCCUCAGGGUUCUCGAGAAGCACUUUGGCGUUGAUGAGUCCGCCAUGAGCCGUGGUGAGCUUGUCGAGCUUUACCGUGGCCUGUUUGCGAGGUUCGACCGAGACGGCAAUGGCACGGUGGACCUUGAGGAGUUCCGGGCUGAGAUGAAGGAGGUGAUGCUCGCUGUGGCUAACGGGCUCGGCUUCCUGCCGGUGCAGAUGGUGGUCGAGGAAGGCAGUUUUCUGAAGGUGGCUGUGGACCGGGAGCUGGCCAAAGCAACUUGACGAAACUGCUUGGAACGACUUUUCAGAAUCAGGAGGCUGCAUGUUCACGAAUUGUAACUUUUAUUCUGCCAAUUUUGUUGUGUUACAACUACACCGGUGCUAGUUAUUUGUACUUAAUAAGUGAAACAGAAGCCACAACAUCAGUCUAAUUUACAAAAUCACAAGCUAUUUAUGUAAAGGGAAAUGUUGUAAA